AUGGCCCGCAAGUCUUACACCCCGGAAGAGCUUCUUGCUCUGCGAGGCCUUACCUCCGAGUGGCCGCUCGAGCAUAGACUGAUCAAUCGGGUUGAAAAGGAUCCCGCUGUCGCUCACGUCCUUCGUGUGCGCCCAAUGGCAUCCCUUUCCAAUGGCAUCGACCGCGGUAUCUCUGAGCACAAUGCUUCUACCGAGUCAGAGGAACCCAUCCGCCAGCAGCUCGACGGCCAAGAUGUCGAAUGGAAACUUCAAGGGCGUAAUUCUGUGGAUGCCCAGUCGCCCAAUCCAUUGACGGCCCCGCAUGAGAUGAAGGCUCAGAUGAAUGAAGGUUUUAAGCGGUUCUAUAAAGCAGUGGUUUCGCCCAACAACAUCCGGGUCACUGCGGGCGGCCGUAUCGUGCCUAAUACCUUGGCCAAUUCUUCUCCCACUGGAAAGGGAAAGGACAAAGCGGUUGGCGAAAGUUCGGUUCAUAUGCCCGUUCAAGGUCAUCCAAACUACAGCGCAAGCUCGAACGGUGGCGUUGCUGGCAACCGCCGGGAUUCUCUCUUUAGCCCGAGCUUGAUUCCUCGCAGCCCUCGACGCAUGUCUGCGGCCCCCUUUCCGAUGCCGGGUUAUCCCUUUUCAGCUGCUUCGGCUGUACCUGGCCCAGUGAACGUGCCGCUGAACUCCGAUGCAAACAAUAUUGGGGGUAAUGGUUGCGACAAGAACGCACCUGGGCCUUCCUUUGAGCAGCCUCCUGCUCCCAAACCUGCCGGUAUCAAUGUGUCAGGUCACUACAUGGGUCAUGCAUUCAUACCAGGCAUGCCAGGCAUGCCUAUGUCAGUUCAAAUGCCCAUGCCCAUGGGUAUGCACAUGCCCAUGCCUAUGAUGCCUUCCCAUCCGAGCAUGAUUGGGUAUCCAGGUUCCCCGAUGGGCACCUUGAGUCCUCAUAUGGGGACCUUCAGUCCACUCUACGGACCAAUGCCGUUCUCUGGUCAUUUGCCUCAUCCGAUGCCGAUGUCUAUUCCGGGACUGGUUCACCCCUGUUCCAACCUGAUGGGAGGGCCCCAUGGCCCGCUGAACACCCCUAGCGCUCCACCUGCAUCUUCGAUUCGGAUGAGCGAUGUGACCAAGAAACACAUUGAAAACAUGCGGCUCCAACUCAAGUGGGUCGAAGACCAACUUCAGUUCAAUAAGCAUCAGGUCGACGAGAGAGAAAUGAAGCAACAGGCGGAAGUCAUCCGUCAGCAAAUCCAGGAAUUAGACGCCAACCUCAAAAGCCAGCUUGACGACGAGGCCCGCCAGUCAAGGACGGGCUCCAAGUCUGCCUCCGCUAACCCAUCCUUCAGAGAACUCGCCGUACAGGCGCCCUUCGACUGUAACCGCGGUGACGACUCCGCUUGCGCAACGACGAGCGCGUUCGUGCUUCACAAUCCGAGCACGAUCCCUGAACCUGCAAAGAAGCGGUCUGCCCUACCAAUCACCGCUGCAUUGGCGCCUCCUUUUAAGCCUCGUGGCCAGUACGGCCAAGGACUUUUACACUCGACCAGCGUUGAGUCCUUCAAGUACACGAAUUCCAGCAAAAUGAACGAAGAGGAGCGGCUUGUCCGUGAACAGCGCCUUCUUGCAGCAGGCAUGCAGUAUCCUCCCAUACCUCCUGAAUUCGAGGCCAUGUCUGCGCGGCUCACUGGUGCUACUCAGAGAAUGCCUGAAAAUGAAGUCGACGCGUCGGCUGAUACCCAGCUGAGCAGCCAAGAGAAUCUUCAAGAACCUCUUGCGCAACUCAAUGACGGACUCGGACGACCGUAUCUGGAGGGCAAGCUCCGACCGGGAGUCGACGCUCGUAAUGCGAAGGACCAGGACUACGUCUACCAUCGUCCUCUCACUGAUGAAGAGAUUCGCGCGCGUCAUUUGUACUGGGGCAACGCUCCGCGCUCCGUUCAGAAGGGUCUCCCAAAGUAUGACGGAAGAAAUUUCUAUCCGGCUUCUCCAGUCAAGGAGAUGAAGUCUCCAAAUACGGAUUCCAAUCACACGUGUCUGCCUGCUGGUCACCUGGAUGAUUAUGGUUACAAAUCCCAAACCACUGUACCUGGACCCAAUCCCGAUCCUUUCGCUCAAGAAACCAUGAAAGGGCUUCUCGCCCUUCACCUGAGAAAGUCCAAGCGCCAAACGCAGUCUGAUAAUGUGAAUGGCAGCCAGUCACGGAGGAAGGAAAUGAUUCGUAUACGCCCAACGACUUCCCUUAUCAGCAAGGAGGAGACGAGCGAUUCAGACGCCCACGAUGUUGCCGAAGAGUCUCCAGCCGGCCAGUCUCCCCGACGUUCCACCCAGCCGUCCGAUUCGGAUGAAUCUCAUGAGAUUGUCUUCAACGGCCGUCGGAGCAUGCAACGCUCUAGCCGCAGCGGACUCUGGCAGACGAUGGGGAAGAUCAAUGCCGGUAGCGUCAAUGCACUACCCGGGGCUAUGAGCUCCACCACGGCUCAUGGACUCAUGCGCCAGUACGCGGGUUCGGCCGCUGCGUCGCUCACACCCGCCAUGGCCACUGUUGCUGCUUCAACCGUGUCCCUCCGAACGUCCCCUGUCAAGUUCCAGAGCCAAGAAGAAACAACGGGAGCUGCUCUUUUCGGUGACAAGAGAGAGAACAAAUCCCCCCUAGGCCGGCGGGGCAUACGUCGUAUGGUACAGAGAGGCUAA